AUGGAGAUCCGGAAAAAGUCGGCAAGCAGCAACCGUCCCGACGAGUGGAUGAUUGAACAGGGCAUGGCGGCACAUAAACUGCCCAUUCUCGAUCAGUCUGCUGGGAAGGAGACCAUCAAAGUGUUCCCCCCGAACCCUACAAGAUCACCCAGGAUAAAAAGGCGAUUCGAGCGGUUGGCGAUCGCAGCAAACUCUUCGCCCGUGAACGAGAAGGCUGGGUGGGGUAUAUAUGUCGAAUGGGAAGAUUACCCUGACAAAAAAGACAAGGCCCACAAGAUCUUGACUUCACAGACCUUUCCACCUUGCCCCGAUUUUCAAUGGGGGCCUAUCCCGGGAACUAAUCCCGUUCUCCCUGGCGAUGAUUUCAAGGCCUGGCACACCGCCAUCGGGGGAGAGUUAGCUUCCGCUGCGGAUGAUUCCUGGAGAACAGUGUUAAAGGAAAAACAUCCAGAUAUGCUGCACCUUUUGCAAUUCCCUUAUAACGGAGAGCCUCCUAAGCGACUGGUGACCUCAAAGGCUAUCACGCCAAACUCGCUUCAUUUCGUGCGCAACCACGGUGGUAUACCACUGAUUGACCCGGAUGAAUUCGAACUUAAGUUGGACGGAAUGGUCAAGUACCCGAAGAAAUACACCAUGGACGACCUAAUGGAUGAGUCCAAAUUUCCACGAAUGGAGAAGACCAUCACUGUGCAGUGUUCGGGAACUCGUCGUAUUGAACAAAUCUCGAUGUACGCUGGCCAAGGCGACGAAGUUCCGCAAGCUCCUUGGGCUGAGGGGGCUAUCGGCACGGCCCGGUAUAAGGGAAUCAGCCUGAAAAAGGUGAUCAAAGACUGUGGUGGCCUAAUAAAAAAUGCUAAGCACCUUGAACUAUAUGGUGCUGAGACCUAUGUCAAGGAUCUUCACGUGAGCAACUACGUUGUCAGCGUUCCAUGGUCCAAGGUGAAGGCGAACGAAGUCAUUCUCGCCUGGGAGAUGAAUGGCGAGCCACUCCCAAAGAUUCAUGGUUAUCCGUUGCGAGUGAUUGUAAUGGGCUAUAUUGGGGCUCGGAGCGUCAAAUGGCUGUAUCGUAUCAAAGCCAUCAAAAAUUCGUCACUCGCGCCUGUCCAGGCCAGGGAAUAUCUGUACUUCAAUCAGCAGGUAGGUAAGUACAACCAGCGCCCAAUAGACGGUAUUCAAAUCCAGGAAAUGCCGGUCAGCUCAGCAAUAAUGUCUCCCUGGACCAAUCAAGUGGUUAUGCAUGAUGGGAAGAUCCAUUGCAAGGGUUGGGCCUACUCUGGUGGCGGCCGGUGGCCUGAACGUGUCGAACUAUCAGCGGACGGGGGCUUCAGUUGGUAUGCAGUACCGGAAGAGCAGCUAUCCAAGAAAGGAAAAUGGUCCUGGCGAACAUGGGAGUUCGAUUUGCCCUGCGACGUCGAAGGAUGGAUCGAGAUCGUUUGCAGGUGCUGGGAUAAUUCUCUCAACACACAGCCGUUGAACGUGCGAGCGGCGUGGAACUGGGGUCUUCAUGUUACAUCUUCGGCCCAUCGCAUCAAGGUGUAUAGUGUCAACAAGACUCGAAAGCUCACUCAACAGAAGCUGGCGCAGUUUGAGCAGAAUGAGGUCGAUUUGGCUCCUCUCACCCGCUAUGACCCUGUUCCAGGCUUGACCGAUGAAGAGUUGAGCAAGUACAAUGAGGCCCACCCUCGCGAUGCCGAUGAUUGA